ACAGUGGAGCGGCUGUCAGUGUCAGACAGACACUCUCCGGCACCAGGCUGCUGGAGUCCGCCUACGUCCCCCUUUAUUGGCCACCUGCCUAUCCCAGAAUAAAACAGGGCAGUGCAAAAAAAAAAAAUCAAAAAAAUCUGCAGCAGAAGACGAGAGACAGCAUAGUGAGUGACCGGCAGUCCAUCGGAUCAAGCCUGGGUCCCGGGUUGCCCACUUGACGACGCUUGUUUGUUUUAGUUACCAGCAUAUUGAGCUGAGGAGCCCGGGGAAAGCUGGCAACCACUUGCAUGGAUGCACCAUGGCCACGUUUGUGUGCAGGAUUCAGUUUUUAGACGACACCGAUCCGUUCAACAGCACUAAUUUUCCAGAACCGACCCGACCGCCGUUGUACACUUUCAGGGAGGACAUCCCCCUCAUCAACCAACUUGCAGGCAUCCACCGGCUCUUGAAGGCUCCACACAAGCUCGAUGAUUGUGCGCUGCAGCUUUCCCACAAUGGCACCUAUCUGGACUUGGAGUCCUCCUUGGCAGAGCAAAGGGACGAGCUGGAAGGCUUCCAGCAAGAUGAAACAGGGUCCAGAGGGAAAAAGCACAGUGUUGUUUUACGAACCCAGCUGACCGUCCGCGUACACGCCUGCAUCGAAAAACUGUAUAACUCCAAUGGACGUGACUUGAGGAGGGCGCUGUUUUCGCUGAAGCAAAUCUUUCAGGAUGACAAAGACCUCGUCCAUGAGUUUGUGAUGGCUGAAGGUUUGACGUGUCUCAUCAAAGUGGGCGCUGAAGCGGACCAGAACUACCAGAACUAUAUAUUAAGAGCUCUGGGACAGAUCAUGCUUUACGUUGACGGGAUGAACGGGGUCAUCAGCCACACUGAGACAAUCGAGUGGCUUUAUACACUUGUGGGGUCAAAGUUCCGCCUGGUGGUUAAAACAGCAAUGAAACUCUUGCUGGUCUUCGUGGAGUACUCUGAAUCCAACGCCUCGCUUCUCAUGGAAGCCAUUGCUACAGUGGAUUCCAAAAGAGGUUGCAAAGCGUGGUCCAAUGCUAUUGAGAUCUUGCAGGAGAAAGACGGCGUGGACACAGAGCUCCUGAUCUACGCCAUGACCCUCAUCAACAAGACACUGGCAGCAUUACCGGACCAGGACUCUUUUUACGACAUGGUGGACGGUCUGGAAGAGCAAGGAAUGGAGACGGUAACCCAGAGACACCUGAAUCGGAAAGGAACUGAUCUGGAUUUGGUUGAGCAGCUCAACAUCUACGAGUCCACCCUCCGGCAUGAGGACGGCGACGACGACAGCCAGCCUCCGCCGACGGGUCGACGGGAUCGUCGGCGAGCGAGCAUCGGGGGCGGGGAUAAGCGGUGCGGGUUGGAGAGGAGGCGGAGCCGCAGGGCUUCUCUGGUGCGAUCCGGACAGGCGUCCCCCUGCAGCCCCGCGUCCCCACAAAGGGCAGGCUUCCAUCCGUUUAACGGGCAAAGGCCUGAGGAAAUUAGCGAAAGAGAUGAGGAAUAUGAGGAUGCAGUGAUAAAGGAGUAUGAAGAGGAUCCGCCCGCCCUGACCGAAUCCGAUUCCGAUGAAAACGAUGACGCUUUUUUGACUAGUCAGAAUAGUUCCAGCUCGGUUCGCCAUUUUCCAUCCAUCAUUCAACGGACAAUCCAAUCCAUCACCAUCACAUCCAAACCCAUACACGAGCGAGAUCCUGGGAUUUGGAAGGAAUCAUCCCCCGUGUCCCCUCCUCCCAUGCCCUCCCCCCCGAGCCCCCACUUGACUCCCCUGUCCCCUCCUCCCAUGCCCUCCCCCCUCAGCGCCCCCUCUCUUCUGGCCGCCCUGUUGGCCAGGAAGAAGGUCACCAGCACAGUGCCAGCCAGCAAAGAGGUCAGCCCGCCAUUGCGCGGCGGUUUGUAUCCCUCCCCCGAGCACCUCCCAUACAAACCCCACUCGCCAUUUCACCUCUUCUCCUACGACAUGGAGGAAGAGACGUCACCUCAAUCUCCAACCCAAGCCGAAGUGCAGACAGAUAAUGCGACAAUUCCAAGGAACGGGGGUCCCGGGUCCUACUCCACUCACGGCGGCUCCUCGACGCCCACCAGUCCCAGGCCUCCCCUGGGAGGUCUCCUAUCUUCCUCGUAUCGACAACACCAGGAGUCGUUGGCGGCCGAACGAGAGCGGCGCCGGAUGGAGAGAGAGGAGAGGCUGCAGAGGAUCGAACGAGAGGAGAGGAACAAACACAGCCGAGACUACUUGGAUAAAAUGGAGGAGGCCCGGUUGGCGCGGGAAGAAAGGUAUAAGAACGUGGAGCGCUUGGCGGCCGAGGAGUACGAGAAGGAACGCGUCCCCCGCGGACCGAGGACCCGCCUGGAACUCGACCUGACCUUCGAACCUUCCGAGACGUGGCCGUCGUCCACGCGGAGCAUCACGCCGUCCUCGCAGGAGGCCGACGACGAAGCUGAACAACCCGUUAGCACUUACGCACCCUCUCAAGCUGUGACAGAAGAAGCCGACGACUCGAAGGCCAGAGAAGAACCCGAGGAGAACAAAACCGAGGAGGAACAAGAGGAGCGAGAAGAAGAGAAGGAGGUGCAAGAAGAAGCGGAGAUCGAAAGCGAGGAGGAAGGCGAUCAGGAGGAGACUCAAGAGACGAAGGUGCAGGAGGAGGCCGAGGAGGACAGCGGUAUCCUGAGCGACAAGGAGAGGCAAAACGAGGAGGUGAACGAGAAGGACAACUGCUCGGCCUCCAGCAUCUCCUCAGCUAGCAGCACCCUGGAGAGAGAAGAGCGAGGGAACAGCGAGAAUGACCUCAAAGAAGAAGUAAACAAACAAAGUAGCAAACUCAACAGUAAACUUUUCAUGCUGGACAUGUUGUACUCGCAAAACAAGAAGCCCUGCGAGGAAGAGGAGGAUGCCGAGAGGGAGAAAGAAGAAGGAGAGGGGGAGGACAAAGAGGAGACGCACAAGGACGUUGACGAACAGCCGAGCGAUGAACAGUUACACAACGAGCACGAUGAGAAAAACGAUCAGCGGGGGAGCAUACGGCAAUUCGCCGAGCGCUUCGGAGAUUUGAUCAAGGACAUGAACCACCCGCACUUGGACGGCCAAGUCGAAGAUGUAAUGCCGCUUCUUCCUCCCAAAAAGGAGUCGGACACCAUCUGGGACCAACUCUUAGCUAGCCCUCGAGAGCUGCGCAUCGGCGACAUCAACUUCACCGACCUGACGGAGGACGACGACGUCGAUAUCCUGGACGCUAAUUUGAUGAGCAGCUGCGGCGACCUACCCCCGCCGCCUCCCCCUCCCCUUCCUCCGCCUCCGCCUCCGAUGCUCUCCUUCGCGUCCUUCCCUCCACCCCCGCCUGUCCUCAGCAGUUGCCCGCCACCUCCUCCCUUGUCGAACAUGAUGCUGCCUCCUCCACCUCCCCCGUCGUUCAGCUCCCUAAUGCACGGGCCUCCUCCUGAACCUCCUCUUUUCAACAAGAAGAAGAAGACAAUCAGAUUAUUCUGGAAUGAGGUGCGUCCAGAAGUGCCAUGCAGGGACUACAAGAGGAAUGGAGACUCCGUUUGGACCAAACUGGAGUCAGUGAAAUUAGACACAGUCAAACUGGAACAUCUGUUUGAGUCCAAGUCAAAAGAAAUGCCUGUGACCAAGAAACCUGCAGCGGACGGUAAGCGCCAGGAGAUUAUCGUGCUGGAUUCCAAAAGGAGCAACGCCAUCAACAUCGGGCUAACCGUUCUGCCCCCGCCUCGCACCAUCAAGACGGCCAUCCUUAACUUUGAUGAAUACGCGCUCAACAAGGAAGGCAUCGAGAAAAUCCUCACAAUGAUCCCGACUGAGGAGGAGAAGCAGAAGAUCCAGGAGGCUCAAUUGGCUAACCCCGACACUCCUCUGGGUUCGGCCGAGCAGUUCCUCCUCACUUUGUCGUCCAUCAGCGAGCUCUCCGCCCGACUUCAGCUGUGGGCCUUCAAGAUGGACUACGAGGCAACUGAAAAGGAAGUAGCUGAGCCACUGCAGGAUCUCAAGGAGGGGAUGGAACAACUUGAGAAGAACAAGACUCUCCGCUGCAUUCUCUCCACGUUGCUCGCAAUCGGAAAUUUCCUCAAUGGAACCAACGCCAAAGGUUUCGAGCUGACGUACUUGCAGAAGGUCCCCGAAGUAAAGGACACGGUCCAUAAACAGUCUCUGCUGCAUCACACCUGCUCGGUGGUGGUGGAGAACUUUCCUCAAAGCACGGACCUCUACUCGGAAAUUGGAGCCAUCACACGUUCCGCCAAGGUGGAUUUCGACCUGCUGCAGGAGAACCUGGGUCAGAUGGAACGCCGCUGCAAAGCAUCGUGGGACCACCUGAAGGUGAUCGCCAAGCACGAGAUGAAACCGCAGCUCAAGCAGAAGAUGUCGGAUUUCCUCAAAGACUCCGCCGAGCGAAUCAUCAUCCUCAAGAUCGUCCACCGCAGGAUCAUCAAUAGGUUCCAUUCCUUCCUUUUAUUUCUGGGCCACCCGGCGUACAGCGCCAGAGACGUCAGCGUCCACAGGUUCAGUAAGAUCCUCAGCGAGUUCGCUCUGGAGUACCGGACCACCCGAGACCGCGUGCUGCAGCAGAAACAGAAACGAGCCGACCACCGCCAACGGAACAAAACGCGAGGGAAGAUGAUCGUAGACGUGGAGAUGGACGCGACAAGGCCACAAGGUCUGGGCCACGCAGAAGACGCGGCGGAACACGAGCACAUGAAAGCCGUGCUGAGAACGAGCCUAAGCUGCGGCGGCGACAAGGACGGCAGCGCUGUACCGGGCCUGCGGACGCGCACUCGGUCACGACCAGGACGGGGAGGUGGCAGCAUGCGGACGCGGACCCCGGCCGUGGAAGACACUCAGGUGUGCGGAGACGACGCGGCGGAUGAAAUCAUGGAACGCAUCGUGAGGUCCGCCACUCAGGCUCCAGGAAGUAGACCGCAACCGCGCGAGAGGAGGAGGUCAAGGGCCAACCGGAAAUCAUUGAGGCGGACCUUGAAAAACGGUUUAACCCCAGAGGAGGCGUUGGCGUUGGGUUUAACCGAUUCCGGCGAGCCGCAGAUGUAAUAUGGUGCUCUAACAUGGUCGCCGUUUGCCUUUGCUACACAAUCUUCUCAUUGCACCAAGCGGAAGCUCCAAGUUUCUGUCAGCUGCUAACCUUGCCGGAUGUGUCUGAGUGAUGACGUCAGUGUUGUUGUCGUUUUAUUUUUAUUUUUUUUGGAGUGCUGCACAAUGACAAUCCUCCUGAGGAUGCGGUGAAGGAAGGAAGGAAAGGAGGAGAAGCGAUGCUGUCGUUCAGGUUAAUUGGAAUAGCUGUUAUUUAAAGACAACGCCAUUACUCCUAUUUAAGCUGUGAACUGAUGACCCAAAGAUGAACUUUCACCCAGUUCCAAAGUACCUAAAAUCAACACAGAAAAGGCAAACCUGAAAUGAUAAUUUUGUGUAAGUACAAAUGGUUGCUCCGGGCAACCGAGGGUCUUUAAUUGGCUGUGUGCCUUUCAACCAAAAAAAAAAAAAAAAAAAGGGAUAAUGUUGUUUGCUUUAUUCAUCUGCUUCUGUUUCCUGUUAACUUCCUCAGUGUUGCAAACAGUUCCUUUUUCUUUUUGGGUGAAAAUGUUCUCAGUAUUUAUUUGAAAGCUCUCACUCUUAUUUUGUAAACCUUUUGCACCUUACGAAGUCACUCUCAGUAAAGGAAGUUUUUAUUUUUGAGGAAUUAUUUGUAAAGUGUAAAAAUACUUUUUUUUUUUACAAUUAUUAAAGUCGUAGCAAAGACUGCAUGUAACAUGUACUUGCCCUGUUACAUCGGUGUCAAUGGUGUGCUUGUGUAGUGCAGUUGAAGUUAUUUUAUAAUAUAUGUAGAAAUUGUAUUAUAGUUGGAGCAGAAUUAACAGAAGAGUAAAUUUGUAAGAUAUAAAACUGUAGAUUUGGUCAAAUAGAGGGAAGUAUUAUUUUUAUGGAGUUAUUCCUCGCUGCUUUUGCUUUCAAAGUGUGUUUUUUUUUCUUUUCUUUUUAAUAUAUCGAAUUGAAGGAAAUGAGGGCCCUUCGCAACCUGGGAAACAUCACCAUGAAGUCCAAUUGUCUCACUUGAAAUGCUGUUUGUAAAUGAUCUACAGGAAUGAAAAUAAAAUAAAUAAAAACAUUGUGUAAGGUUAAAAAAAGCA